CGCAGGCCCUCCUGUUUCAGCGUCUUCCGACACACCUAAAGCGCCGCUCCUCCUCCCUCCCUUCGACGUUUCGUGCCCAUCUCCCCCCAAGCCCUCCCCUUCAAGCUCUCUUAGGCCCCCAGUCCUACUUGACGGCGAGACUGUUGAGGCUCCCGAGGCAGGCCCUCGAUACUGUUUUACUUCCCUUUUGCGCUCCUCAAACGUUUGCAGUCGCUUUUCCUUCGCUUUGCGCUUCGAGUUACAUUAUUUCCCGCCUGGCAGGACCUUCUGGCAAGCAACCCCAUCCGUCUCAUUCCAUUGUUCGACAUUACUCCAUCGCAAAACAACACACAAGUCCUGUGUCGUGUUGCUACACACCAUGUACUCGACCUCUCACGGCGCCAUGCCGCCCCCUCCCUCGCGACCUAUAGGCCCCGAGAACUUCUUAAUGGACAAGGAGGCUCAGCAGAACUUGCCUCGCGAUAGCCUCAUCGCCCUCAACCAAGUAGAGAACCUCAAGUACUUCCUCAUCUCAGCACCCGUCGACUGGACCCCCGACUCUUUGGUUCGCAGGUUCCUCCUGCCUACGGGCGAGUAUGUUUCCUGUGUACUAUGGAACAACCUCUUCCACAUCUCGGGUACCGACAUCGUCCGAUGCCUAACCUUCCGCUUCCAUGCCUUUGGUCGACCAGUCAAGAACUCAAAGAAGUUCGAGGAGGGUAUCUUCUCUGAUCUCCGCAACCUCAAGGCUGGCACAGAUGCCUCGCUGGAGGAGCCCAAGAGCCCCUUCCUCGAUUUCCUGUACAAGAACAACUGCAUCCGUACCCAGAAGAAGCAGAAGGUCUUCUACUGGUACAGCGUUCCGCAUGAUCGUCUCUUCCUCGACGCGCUGGAGCGCGAUCUCAAGCGCGAGAAGAUGGGCCAGGAGGCCACAACCGUAGCCGUCAGCGAGCCUGCCCUGUCUUUCGUCUUCGAUUCGUCACAGUCGCUCUUCGAGCAACUCACCAAGGCCCAACAGACAAAUUCGUCGUCCUUCAACAGCAAUGCGCAGCAGACAUACUCGCAAUCGACCUCGCCCGUCUUGCGCGCCAUGGAUUCCAUGCCACCGCCAGCUGUGGUCCCCCAGCCGAUGCCGCCCCCCGUACACGACGACACGCUCGGGCAGAUGACCCAGUACAACCAGAUGACAAUGGCUCCCACUAUGCAGAAUAUUGUGGGAACUCGGGAACGCGAUUACGGCCAACCAGCACAGUACGACCGCAACGGUAUCCCUCUUUCCCACGUCCACCAGCGUCACAGCUCAAUGCCCGCAUACAUGGAAUAUUCUCCCGCUCCGUCGUUUGUCUCGUCGCACUACGAGGAUCAUUACAGCACAAGGGGCAUGUCCUUUGAGCCUUUGACUCCUCCUCAACAUCAGAUCGGUCUGGGAACCGAGCCAACUUUCAUUGCGCACGAGGAGACUGGCCUGUACAGCGCGAUACCCGAACUUUCCGUGUCGACGACCUUCAAUCCGCUCAUGAACAUUCCUACCUCGAAUCUGCUGGGCACAGGAUUUCCAAGUGCCACGCGCGCUUUCCAACCGGCCAACGUCUAUUCCGUCAUUGAAGGAUCGCCCACCUACAAGCAACGCAGACGGCGUUCAUCCAUAUCCGCCAACAUCAGUGCCGCCAUCACGGCCACUGGAGGCGCCCAUCAGGUCCAUCGCCCAAGCGACUUGAGGCGAUCCAUGUCCCAAUCUGUCAUGACCGUACCAGAGGGAGACGAAUCGGCUCACGAGUCACCCAACAGUGCGAACAGCGGCAACUUUGCCAACCCCCUUGCCGAUUCGAAACCAGUGGUUGACGUCUCGCGCCAUGGAACUCCGCUCCAGACGAUUGAGGAUAGCCCGCCACAACAGCAGACUAUGCUUCCCCAGGGAGACAUGAGUGGGCUGGUCAACCCCGAGGUCUUUGAAAAUCCCUUGCAGCACAGCGCUAUCGCCCGCACGGCAGGUGCGCCGGGCGUCUUCCGGCGUGCAAGGAGCGCAACCAUGAUGGAACUGGGAAGCCCGUACCCCCAAAAGUCCCACUCAUGUCCUAUCCCCGCCUGUGGUAGGCUUUUCAAGAGGUUGGAACACCUCAAGAGACACGUGCGCACCCACACCCAGGAGCGUCCGUAUGUUUGCCCACACUGCAACAAAGCCUUCUCUCGAUCCGAUAAUCUCGCCCAGCAUCGACGCAUUCAUGAGCAGCGCGACGGUGAGCUGCUUGGCAGCUUCGAGGAAGAAGAGCUGGAAGGGGAAGGCGAGGAAGAGCAACUCCAGUCCCUAGGAGAGGAGUCGCCAGAUUCCGGUAACGACUAUCUCACCAACCUCGGCAACAUUUCCACAUCGAUACCCGACAUGCCCAGCUCGCUAUCAGUAGUCACGACUAUGGGUCCGCCGCAGCAUUUGAUAUCUGCCCAGAAUUAUUAAUUUGCGGGUCCCAGCGCCGUCCGUCUGGCCGCUCAUGUCGCCGCCGCACCAGGCAAUCUUUUCGUUUCUACUAUCCAACUUCUUUUUUUAGAUUUACCACUCCCCCUUCUUGCGCGCCUUGUCCAUGUCGCAUUGCAUUUAUUUCUUUCUCAAUCUUCUCUUGGGUCGGUACAUUUGGAUCCGGGGC